AUGUCGACGCGACAGUCCCGCCGGAUUGCGACCCGGCGCAACACCACCAUUGUCGAGAGUUCAGAGGACGAGCUGGGCGACGGGUCCCCAAAAGUGAAGCAGGAAGAGGAGGAGGAGGAAUACACACCGGCACCGGUCGAGAAGAAAAGACCAGGUCGGAGGAGGACCACCACUACCGAACUUGCACCAGCUGCACCCGCCGAGACACCAGUGAGGAAAACCAGAGGACGCCCAAAGAAGAGUCUUGCGCCUGCGGCCCCCCCCCCUUCCGCACCGCCUGUUAUCGAGAGUACCGAGAAUGUAGAUCCCGACCAGUCGCUCGCCAGCGUAGCGGGUGCAUCAUCAGCUGUUGACGUCGACGAUACCUCAGUUGGGCCCCCACCAUCGACAGUGAAGAAGCCUGUCGCGGCAGCCGACGACACUGUUGGACCACCACCAUCCACAGCAAAGAAGCCCGCUGGAAGACCACGAAAGAGUGUCGCGCCCCGUGCAAGCAAGACCCCCACGCCGGCGCCUGAAUUGAACGCUCCCACCCAAUCUCCAAAGCCAUCUGUGUCGCCAUCAGCACAGCUCCUACGCGAUGCCCCCCCGCUUACCGAUAUCACUUCUGCGACCAAUAAUGCCACGCUGAGUUCACAACAAGACGAUACCGUGAUUGCGCCCAUCAAACCGAUCAAGCCCAUGGAUACAGUGCUCGAGAAGCCAAUGGAUAUCAUGCUGAAGUCGCGCACAAUGCAGAUCCCCGUGAUUCAAGAUACCGGCCCAAAGCCGCGCAUUGUCAUCACUUAUCUUGUGCUCACCAACUUCAAGAGUUAUGCCGGCAAGCAGGAGGUCGGGCCUUUCCAUGCUUCAUUCUCCUCGGUUGUCGGUCCCAACGGUUCGGGCAAGUCCAACGUCAUCGACUCCCUGCUGUUCGUGUUUGGUUUCAGGGCAAGCAAGAUGAGACAAGGCAAGAUCUCGGCCCUCAUUCACAACUCGGCAAAGUACCCGAAUCUGGAGUACUGCGAGGUCGCGGUGCACUUCCGUGAGGUGAUGGACCUUCCUGGCGGAGGUCACGAAGUCAUCCCAGACUCAGACCUGGUCAUUUCCCGCAAGGCCUUCAGAAACAACUCCAGCGCCUACUACAUCAACGGAAAGACCUCCAACUUCACAACUGUCACAACAUUGCUCCGGGACCGCGGGGUCGAUCUCGACCACAAGCGUUUCUUGAUUCUGCAGGGUGAAGUCGAGUCUAUUGCGCAGAUGAAGGCCAAGGCUGCCAACGAGCACGAUGAUGGUCUUCUCGAGUAUCUUGAGGACAUCAUUGGCACAUCCAAGUACAAGACACCUAUUGAGGAAUCAGCCGCCGAGGUCGAGACACUCAAUGAAAUCUGCUUGGAAAAGAGCGGUCGUGUUCAACACGUUGAGAAGGAGAAGCAGAGCCUCGAGGACAAGAAGAACAAGGCUUUGGCUUUCAUUCGUGAUGAAAAUGAGCUUGCCAUGAAGCAGUCCGCUUUGUACCAACUCUACAUCAGCCAAUGCGAGGAUAACCUAGCUGUUACAGACGAAGCCAUCAGUCAGAUGCAGGAACAACUCAACGCCGAGCUCGAGAAGCACAACGGCAGCGAGCAGAUCAUCAAGCAGCUGGAGAAGGCUCACGCCAAGGGCAACAAGGAGUAUGAGGCUCAAGAAAAGGAAACUCAGGCCCUGAUCAAGGAGAUGGCCAAGUUUGAGCAGGAGCGCGUCAAGUUCGAGGAGAAGCGGAAGUUCUUGGCCGAUAAGCGUAAGAAGCUUGAGAAGACCAUUGCCAACUCUGAGAACUCGGCAGAGCAGGCCGACCAGACCAUUCAGGAAUGCGCUGAGGAUAUCGAGAGGCGUGCGGCUGAGAUCGAGAACAUCGAAAGGUGGAUCAAGGAGGAGGAGGAAGAGCUGACCAAGAUCCGCGACAGCCUCAAGGGCAAGACUCAGCACAUGUCCGAUCAGAUUGCGGCGAAGCAAAAGUCGCUUGAGCCCUGGAAGGAGAAGAUCAACCAGAAGCAAUCUGCUAUCGCCGUGGCGGAAAGUGAGUUGGCCAUCUUGGAGGAAAAGGCCAAGGCUGGUGGUGUUGCGCUUGAGGAGAUGGAGGCCAAGAUCGUGGCCAUUCAGGAACUUCAGGCGGCCAAGGCGGAAGAGUUCAAGGCGUGCCAGGCUGAGAAGGAUGCGCUCAAGAAGGAGGGCAGAAGAGUGGUUGCUGAGCUGGAGGAGCUUGCUCAGGAAGAGCCAAAGUUCCGCGCUAAGCUGUCUAACCUGCGGCAAAAGGCGGACGAGGCUCGCUCAAGCUUUUCGGCUACCAAGACGCAAGGCAAUGUCCUAACGGCGCUUAUGCGCAUGAAGGAGUCUGGUCGCAUUGACGGCUUCCACGGGCGGCUUGGCAACCUCGGUGCCAUCGACAAGAAGUACGACGUUGCCAUCUCGACGGCUUGCGGUCAGCUCGACAACUUUGUCACGGACACUGUCGAGGCUGGUCAGCAGUGCAUCGAGCACUUGCGCAAGACCAACUUGGGUCGCGGCAACUUUAUGUGCUUGGACAAGCUGAGAGUCCGUGACUACUCACCCAUCAAGACUCCCGAGGAUGCGCCCCGUCUGUUUGACCUGGUUCAGCCCAAGGAUGAGAAGUUCAGACCUGCUUUCUACCAUGCGCUCCAAGAUACAUUGGUUGCGGAAGAUCUUGCCCAGGCCAACCGCAUCGCCUAUGGCGUCAAGAGAUGGCGUGUUGUCACUCUGGCCGGCGAGCUGAUUGACAAAUCUGGUACCAUGUCUGGUGGUGGUACGACAGUCAAGAAGGGAUUGAUGUCGUCCAAGCUGGUGGCCGAGAUCAGCAAGGAGCAGGUGGAUAAGAUGGAGGCUGAUCGCGAUGCCUUUGAGCAGAGAUUCCAAGAGUUCCAAGAUCAUCAACGUGAGCUGGAGGCUCGUCUUCGUUCCCUCAAGGAGCAGAUCCCACAGCUUGACACCAAGAUGCAGAAGAUCAACCUCGAGAUUGAGAGUUCAUCCAGGAACUUGGCGGAUGCUCAGCGCAGAGUUAAGGAACUCAGCAAGGAGCACCAGCCUUCCCAGACAGACGACAACCGGGUUGCCGUCUUGCGAAAGGAGAUCGCCAAGCUUAACAAGGAGAUUGAGAAGCUCCAUGGCGAGACUUCUAGUGUCGAGGAUGAGAUUAAAGAGCUGCAGGACAAGAUUAUGGAGGUUGGUGGUGAGAAGCUCCGGCAACAGCGCACCAAGGUGGACAACCUCAAGGAAGAGAUUCGUUCCCAAAACGAGGAGGUCUCCAGCGCCGAGGUCCGCAAGGUCAAGGCUGAGAAGCAGAAGGUCAAGCUCGAGAAGGACCACGCCAAGGCUUCCAAGGAGCUCGAGGCUGCCAAUCGGGACCUGGAGAGACUCGAGGAGGAGAUUGAGAACCAGGGCACUAAGGCUGAGGAUUACACCACCAGAGUCGAGGAGGCCAAGGAAGCUCUUGCUGCCAAGAAGGAGGAACUUUCCACACUCAAGGCCGAACUUGACAAGAAGGCCGCCGAGUUGAACGCCACCCGUGCCGUCGAAAUCGAAAUGCGCAACAAGCUCGAGGAGAACCAAAAGGUACUCAAGGAGACGCAAAGGCAGCUUGCCUACUGGGAGAAUAAGCUAUCCAAGCUCUCGCUUCAAAACAUUGAGGAUCUUGAGUCCGGCCGACCUUCCCAGCCUGUGGCCCCCCAGUCCCGGCCCAAGACGCCAGGUAACGAAGACGAGGAAGAGGAUGCCGAAGGCGAACCCGAGCUCGACGCCGAGGGCGACUCCCCCAUGGGCGAUGCCACCGACUCAGACGACGAAGACCCUGCCGCCCAGCUCCAAGCCGAGGCGGAAGCCACCUUCCUCGGUUCCGGCCGCGGUCCUAAUCCUGCCUCCAACCCACUGGAGCUCCCACGCUACACCCGCGAUGAGCUCUCUGACAUGUCAGAAAAGACGCUCAAGGGCGAAAUUGCCGUUCUGGAGGAAAAGACCCAGAACGUCAAUGUUGAUCUUGGUGUCCUGGCUGAGUACAGGCGCAGAGUAGAAGAGCACGCCGCCCGCUCCCAGGACUUGGCUUCUGCCGUUGCUCAAAGGGAUGCCGCCAAGAAGAGAUGUGACGACCUCCGCCGACUGAGGCUGGAAGGCUUCAUGGAGGGCUUCUCCACCAUCUCGCUCCGUCUCAAGGAAAUGUACCAGAUGAUCACCAUGGGCGGCAACGCCGAGCUGGAGCUGGUCGACUCCCUCGACCCCUUCUCGGAAGGUAUCCUCUUCUCGGUCAUGCCCCCCAAGAAAUCAUGGAAGAACAUCUCCAACUUGUCUGGUGGUGAGAAGACGCUUUCUUCGCUUGCGUUGGUGUUUGCGCUGCAUCAUUACAAGCCUACGCCGCUGUAUGUCAUGGACGAGAUUGAUGCCGCGUUGGACUUCAGAAACGUGAGUUUUUCCUUCCUCUCCUCCCCUUCCGCAACAUUUAUUGUUAUCUCGCUGAGGAACAACAUGUUUGAGCUUGCGGCGAGGCUGGUGGGUGUUUACAAGGUUAAUCACAUGACCAAGAGUGUUACUAUUGAGAAUAAGGAGUAUGUCAAGGGGCGGCAGCAGCUGCAACAGUCGUCGCAGCAGCCGGCGCAGUCCCAGAGGGGAGGGACGGAGCAGACGACGAGGGUGUUUGGGCCGGGGAUGGCGAGGAGGGAGGAGAGCGGGAAAGAGCCGGAGCGGUUGGGGAGCAGUAGUAGUGCGAGUAGUAACUUGACUCAUCGGCCGAGGUAA